AUGCCAACAAACCGAGCUGCAUGGGUGGUCACCCAGGGCAAACCUCUCGAAGUCAAAGAAGCACCAUACACACCACCCGGUCCCAACGAAGUCGUGGUCAAGAAUGCCGCUGUAGCCAUCAACCCCGUGGAUUGGCUACUUCCAAACGUUGUCAGCAUGUUUACUCCUCAAGUCAAGCUCCCAUUCGUCUUUGGCGACGACUGUGCGGGUACAGUCGUUGAGGUCGGACAAGAAGUAAACACUCUCAAAGUCGGCGAUCGCGUGCUCGGUCUAGCAGUCAGCUUUGACAAGCGCUCCAACAAGGCUAGCGAGGGUGCAUUCCAGGAGUACACUGUCCUGAGAACGAAUCUGACGAGCAAAAUCCCGGACUGGAUGUCGUUCGAAUCUGCAUCUGUCAUACCUCUUGGCUUGGCUACCGCGGCCUGUGGACUAUUCCUAGAAGACUUUCUCGGUCUUCAAUUACCCACUGCUCCGAAACCGCAGAAGCCUACUGGAGAGACCGUGAUAAUCUGGGGAGGCAGCACGAGUGUUGGAUGCAAUGCUAUCCAGCUCGCUGUUGCUGCCGGAUACGAAGUCAUAUCGACCGCCUCUCCCAGAAACCACGCGUAUCUGAAGAGUCUAGGUGCCACCGAAGUAUACGACUACAACAGCCCAACAGUAGUCCAAGACAUCAUAGCCACCAUGAACAGCAAGCACAGGAUCUCCGCCGGCGCAUAUGCAAUCGGCGUCGGAUCCUUGCAUGCCUGCAUCGACAUCCUCAGCAAAACCAAAGGCAAAAAGUUCGUCGCUCAAGCCAGCCAUGAUAUCCCAAUGAAGGAGUUCCCGACAAAUAUGCUCGCAAUCAUGUGGAAGAUGGGAUCCAGUUUCGUGGGUUGGAAGCUCAAGGGUUUCACCAAGGGUGUCGGCUACAAGUUUGUUUGGUCCACAGAAGUCAUGGCCAACAAGCUUGGAUCCGAUAUUUACGAGAAGUUCUUGCCUGUCGGAUUAGCGGAAAAGUCGUUCUUGCCAGCUCCAGAGCCUCAGGUAGCUGGGAAAGGUCUCGAGGGGAUUGAGCAAGCGUUCGAGGUCGCUAANGGGGGUGUCAGUGCAAAGAAGAUCGUUGUCAGUCUUUGA